AUGACUAAUCCCGACGAAUGGCCAAAACUGGCUCUUGCUUAUCAUCUUGCAAUUCCAAAGAGAAGAGGGAAAAUAAACAUCAACAAGAAAACGACGAGGAGGAGGAAGCAAAACAUCGAGCAAGCAAGCAGAGAAAUUGACCGACGCGGACCUUGUCUCCCUCUCCAGCGAGCAAAAGAGCCUACAGCUAUGUUCCAGGGGCUUGGUCUUAGCCAGUCGCCGGCCUCUACAGGCUCGCUGUUCGGCCAGGGGGCUGCUGAACAGCCGGCCCAAGGUACAGCUCAAGCUCCAGCUCAGCGCCCUUCGCUCUUUGCGCCCAGCUCAAGUAAAAUAUAUCUAGUCUUCCCCAGGUGUGAUACCACAAGCGGCCUACAACCUCCUUCUGGCUCGAGCAUCUUCGGCCAAUCUACCACCGCUGCCCAAGCUGGUCAGACCCCGGCAACAACUGAGCUCCCGUCUCAACAACCUCCCACCGCCGCGCAACCACCCACUCAACCCGCAUACUUCAGCAGCCUGUUAGAAAAGGGCAAGAAGCGACCCCUCUCGAGCUUCCAGAAUGUCUCCUCCGUUGAGUUGCCCAGUCUCCAGCUUGGUUUGGAUGACAUUAGAAAAUCUGCCCGCGGUCUAGGAUCGACCAGUCCUCGCAGAGCGUCUCAUAUGCCUGCCAUCACUGAACAUAAAAUGCUUUCAUCUCUCACCGCAUCUGGUAUCUCGCCGGGAAAAGUGCUGCAAGACCUCCACACCUUCAAUACACAGACAGGUAUCCCGGCAGUUCCAGCUGCACCGGUGCCAGCUCCGUCGGUAUCUUUCGAACAAGAACCCUUUGACCCCGAUAACCAAAAGUUCUUGCGGCGGGUGCAACAGCGCGGUAGAGAGGCUAUGAUUGCCGAGAGCCUGGCCAGAGCUCGUAAGGACUUUGACGCUUUCCUCGAGGACAAAGUUAGUCUCAACUGGGACGAACAGCGCCAGAAGAUCUAUGAGCAUUUUGGCCUAGUAUCAAAAGACGACACUGGAUCUGGCAGCUUCGGUUUCUCCAGACGUGACCAGGUCGGAAAGGCAGACAGAGAUGAGCAGGUAGGCUUCCAAUCUACCAGCCGCAGAAGUGUCUUUGGCCGAUCCGGUCUAUCCAAGUCAAUCAUAGGCUCUGCCAGCGUGGGCGGCGCCGGAUCGAUCUUUGCCGACUCUACCACGAGAUCUAUUGCCUCACCACAGCAAGGUGGCGAUUCUAGAUCUAUGCGGGAGAAGAUAGGACAUUUUGGCUUGAAGGUCCAAAAGUUAAACGAAAUGAGACUCCAGGAGAGGACGUUUCCGGUCCUGCAUGAGUUUGCUGAAGCUCAAAAGGUUGCAGAUAGCGAUACCCCAAAACAGCUCAUUGAAGCCUACCAUGCCCUAAUCAGUAUCACCAAUGAGCCUGCUAGCUCAGUAGGCUAUUUUGAGCCUGGUGCUCUACGGCCGCGUCAAUUCGCCAAGGACUACAGAGAAGAUGGCCCCAAUUCUAUCGAGGCUCUAAAGAUGAGAAAACAAAUCAUUAGCGGGUCAAGAAAACAUCUUGAACGUUCGUUCUACAGAGAAGUUGAAGAAGCAAUCGCUAAAAACCCCCGGGAGGCCCAGCUGGGUGGUGUCCCUACCAUUAUUAAUAAGAUUCGAGCUUAUAUCCGACUGCGUGCAGCACGGAAGGAUCUUGCCCCUGACGGAACAGAGCUGCAGAUGGUGAAUGACGAUUAUUGCUGGAUUCUCAUCUUUUAUCUCCUCCGAUGUGGGUUCAUUGACGAGGCUGCUGAGUAUGUAAGCCGCGACCAGGGUUUCCGCUCAAUGGACUAUAAAUUUGUCACCUACAUGACCACGUACGCUCAGCACAGGCGACUGCCCCGUGACCUACAACAGAAGAUUGGCGCAGAGUACCAGCAACGCCUACGGAAUGCGCCGGAGAACACCAUUGACCCGUAUCGGAUGGCUUGUUACAAGAUCAUCGGUAGAUGCGACCUAAACCAACGCCGGCUUGAGGGCUUGGGUCAGGGAGUAGAGGAUUGGAUGUGGCUGCAGUUCGCUCUGGCGCGGGAAGACACCCGGGCCGAGGAGGUAGCUGGUGAUAUUUUCGGUUUAGAAGAUAUCAAGAAGGACAUUGCUGAAAUCGGCCAGAGGGUAUUUCCCAAGGGCCAGGAAACCCCUGGUGCCUAUGGUAUUUUCUUCUUGCUCCAGAUUCUCGGUGGGAUGUUUGAACAGGCUGUUGCAUAUCUUGGUUCAUAUGCACCCAUAGACGCAGUCCACUUUGCCAUUGCUCUUGACUAUUAUGGUCUACUACGCGUGUCGGACUUCUAUACCUCUGGGGAUGAGCUUUUGUCAUUCACCACACGCCAACUUCCGCAGAUUAACUUCGCAGCCCUAGUCAUGCAAUACACUGGGGAAUUCCGACUAGGGAACGUUGAUGCCGCAGUGGACUAUUUCACCCUCAUCUGCUUGAACACAGAUCUUCCUGGAGAACUGGGAAAAUCUCAGGCUGCCGUAUGCCACGAAGCUCUACGCGAGUUUAUUCUUGAAACACGAGACUUCGCCAAAUUGUUGGGUGAUAUCAGGUCCGAUGGGACUCGAAUCAAGGGUGUGAUCGAACAGCGAUUGAAACUAAUCAACCUCGAUGACCAAGAAGAGUUCCUCAAGGCUGUCACUGUUCAGGCGGCCGCUGUAGCCGAUGACAAGGGACUUACUGCAGACGCCGUUCUGCUUUACCAUCUCGCAGAGGAAUAUGACAAUGUUGUCUCGAUUCUCAAUCGGAUCCUCUCUGAUGCCGUUUCUGUCCCACUUGGUGAGACAGCCAUCAAGAUUGAGCCCGUUAAGCCACGAACAGGAGGCCAAACCUCAACGGCAGCGUCCCUUGAACCAGGAAGCAGCCUUAGCCUAACCUCAGUGGAUGAUCCCGUUGUCUUAGCUAAGAAUAUGAUCAGCCUGUACAACACAAAUGCCCUUUACUACCAGAAGAUCCACCCUACCAAUCGCGAGGCAUGUGGUCUUCUCCUGCGCAUGAUGGAGGCCAAAUCAAAAGUGGAGGCAGGCCAGUGGGCUCCUGCUUUGGAUGUAAGUUUUUCGCUAUUUACCACUAUAUCUCUUCCAAUCGCUCCCGAACUAAUAUAUUUCCAGGAUAUCAACAAUCUACAAAUACUACCACUCACUGCCCAGGGUUCAGUCACCUACGUCCGCAGCGCAGUUCAGGCAUUCUCCUCUCUACCCCCCGUCAUUGCUCGCAAUGCUGGCAACCUAGUGAUAUGGAGUAUAAUCUGUAUCAGCCGCGAGCGAGAAAGGAUGUACGCUGGUGUUUACGAGAAUGAUAUGCGGCAGACCCUUCUUGACGAGCUUGUGCUCAUGGCAAAGGAUCUGAUGGUGUUUUCUGGAAUGAUCAAAUACAAACUCCCGCCUAGGGUCUAUGAGACAUUGGCUAAGGCUGGUGGAGAUGUUGGACUGUCCUUGUAA